CUCUCAAGAACUGCCUUAUUAAUCAAGCAGAGGGUUAUUUUGAAAUAAUUCUUUUUUCAUGUAAAUAUUUAUGAAUCUCUACUCUGAGAAUGAUUUUAAACUGAGUAGCUGCAGUGUGACUCCGUGCUUUCACCCACUCUUGUACAAAGACCUUCGCAGCGGUUCCGGAGCAGGCGCGUUCUGCAGAGUUCCUGGCCCCUGUGAGCUCUCCCUGGCAGGGAGGCUGCCUGUCCUGGGACCGCUUUCAGACACUGAGUUCUCACCCUUUGGUGGCUCAUGAAUUUCCUGAGACCAGCAUUGUUUUCUAAGAAGGAAAUAGGAAAAAGCAGCCUGGAUCUCAUGGAGUAAAACUGUCAUAGUCUCUGCCACUUUAGAGCUGGACCCUAAAUGUUCACUUAAGCGAGAAAAGGAGGAACAGAUCAAAGCGUGAGUCUUCUGUCCCCAGGAAAAUGGAAGAAGCCAAAAACUCCAGCAUGUGAUUUCUUGUUGAGCUCAUGGUGUUUGGAAUCUUCCUGUGCCUGGAUGCGUUUCUGUACGUGUUCACCCUGCUCCCCCUGAGAGUGCUCCUGGCGCUGUUCAGGCUCUUCACUCUGCCGUGCUAUGGCUUAAGGGACAGACGUUUGCUGCAGCCGGCCCAGGUGUGUGACAUUUUGAAGGGUGUCAUUCUGGUCAUCUGCUAUUUUAUGAUGCACUAUGUUGACUACUCCAUGAUGUACCACCUGAUCAGGGGACAGUCGGUCAUCAAGCUCUACAUCAUCUACAACAUGCUCGAGGUAGCAGAUCGUCUGUUUUCAUCAUUUGGUCAAGAUAUAUUAGAUGCUCUCUAUUGGACAGCAACAGAGCCCAAAGAAAGAAAAAGAGCCCACAUUGGGGUGAUUCCUCACUUUUUCAUGGCUGUUCUCUAUGUCUUUUUGCAUGCAAUUCUUAUAAUGGUUCAAGCAACGACUCUCAAUGUGGCAUUUAAUUCACACAACAAGUCACUGCUCACUAUCAUGAUGUCCAAUAAUUUUGUUGAAAUUAAAGGGAGUGUUUUCAAGAAGUUUGAAAAGAACAAUCUCUUUCAAAUGUCAAAUAGCGAUAUCAAAGAACGAUUCACAAAUUAUGUGCUUUUGCUAAUAGUGUGCCUAAGAAACAUGGAACAGUUUUCUUGGAAUCCAGAUCAUCUUUGGGUGUUAUUUCCAGAUGUCUGUAUGGUGAUUGCAUCAGAAAUUGCAGUGGAUAUUGUGAAGCAUGCCUUUAUCACCAAGUUCAAUGACAUUACUGCAGAUGUCUACAGUGAAUAUAGAGCCAGCCUUGCUUUUGACCUUGUUAGCAGUCGACAGAAAAAUGCGUACACUGACUACAGCGACUCCGUGGCUCGGAGGAUGGGCUUCAUCCCUCUCCCACUAGCCGUCUUACUCAUCAGAGUUGUAACAAGCUCAAUUAAAGUGCAAGGAAUCCUGUCUUAUGCCUGUGUCAUACUCUUCUAUUUUGGGUUGAUAUCUCUGAAAGUACUGAAUAGCAUUGUGCUGUUGGGAAAAUCAUGCCAAUAUGUGAAGGAAGCCAAAAUGGAAGAGAAGUUGUUUAACCCUCCACCCACCAGCACUCCCAGCAAACCGCCCAGUAAAUCACAGAGCAAAUGCAAACCCUCCCAAGAAGAAAACCUGUCUGCCGCAGUCACCAGCCAGCCUAGCCAUCAAAAGGAAAACGUCACACCAUUACUUGUGACAAGCAAUUCCGAUCAGUUUCUGACAACUCCAGAUGGUGAUGAGAAGGACAUGCCCCAGGAGAACUCAGAACUGAAGCACAGGUCCUCGAAGAAAGACUUGUUGGACAUAGACAGGUUCACAAUUUGUGGAAACCGGAUCGACUGAGUCCUGCAGCCCCGCGUGCUGGACGCGAGCCCUGGGCAGCCACGUUCUGCCCCCAGGGCGGACAGAUGCGAAAUGCGGCACUUAAAUAUUUAUUUAAAAACUUAAAUUAUUAACGGAAAGCAAAUUGUAAUCUCUUUCUUCCAGUAACGUGGUCUGGUCACGAUCAGGUCACGGGACAGCAGUGACCCCCAGCCCUGACUUCAGGUAGUUCCUCCUGCUCCGGGAGGCCGCAGCUGCUUCCUGCCCGACGGCAACAACCUCAGAACCACCUCCGCUCUGUCCGUCCGUGCUUCCAGGCGGCGGGUUGGCCUCGGGUCUGCAGUGCAAGGGCGUGUGCCCGGGAAGCUGGGGUCUCCACCGUGACUUACCUGCCGUGUCUCCCACUAGGUCCACAGACCGUUUCCACGCUCUGCUCCUUCUGCCAAAGCAUUUAAAAAUAGUAAUUGAAUUCAAGUCAAGAUCAUUCUCACCACAGAAUCAUCCUUGAAGAUGUAUCUGAAUUAAUCAGAAUAAAAGGCUACCUUAAAUAAGACAUGAUGAAUAGUAGCAUUUUAUAGGAAACAGAAGCCCUAAGCCAGUUCAUCUAUUUAAAAAAUACUCACUAAUGAAGGUUAUGCAUUCCUGAGAAAAUGUUUUAUAAGUUUUCAGUUUAUUCUUUAAAGCAGAAUGUGAGCCAUGUAUUGUUUAAUUGCAGUGGAUGAGACAAAUUACCUUACAAAAAGGAACUUUUCAUACCGAAAAAGAGCAGUGGUCAUUUUAAUGUAUAGUCGACUGGUUUUGCUUUAAAACUAAUUGCUUCAUCAGUGGUUACAGUUAAAAGGCUUUGGUGUUGAAUAGGCUGAAGAAUUGUACAAAACUUGGUGUCGACCAUAACUGAGUUUUUAAGUGACAGUUUUGAAGUAAGUAGGGUGAGCAGCUCCGUCUUGCCUGGGCUGUGAAGUGCACCGGUCUGUUUGGGUGUGAGGGUGUGCCCGCGCCCCCUGUGUUCGGCGGGGUGUCUGCGAGGAGCUGUGACUGUCCCCGCCUUCGCUGGGGAGGGGCACGUCAGCCGGGCGUGUGGGUGGCGGUCGGGCGCUGGCAGGUGUUUCUGUCCAGGUGCUUUUUGGUUUUGUGUGAGGUCAGGAUUCCGUUUCUGCCCACGUAGUAGUCUGCGGCUGCGCCACAGGACAGGCUGUUUCCAGCACGUGACCUCGAGAGGCCUUCCUGCGUCGUCAUAAAAAUGUUUCAGCCUCCAGUUUCGCAGUGCCCAGGCGUCACUAACGGUUCUCCCCUGGGACGCUCCCGUGGGAAGCGGGGCGCUACUACGUUUCCGCCACGUACUGUGCGGAGGUAAAGUUCAGGGGUGUGCCUGUUUCCUGGGUGAAACAGAGCUAGCUGGGAUGCGUGGCCUUUCGCUGGACACGCAGACGUGAAUGUGUGUACGCUAACUGAAGAGAUCUGAAGAUUAACGUGCACGGAGCUAAGAGGAAACUGGACCGAAGCUUGUGGGAGACCAUCGUCGUUCUGUGUGUGUUUUCAUGAAGCCCCAUUGUAGAAUUUUGUUUUUCAGCUUCUCCACCAAAAGGAACAGUGUCCAUGGUGACUAGGAGUAGUUUUGGGGAAACUUUGCCAAACACAGCCCCAUUCAGAGCAAGAAUGUGCUGCGGGCAUAUCUUCAGUCCAACCUGAGUCACCGUUGCCAGCUGUUGAUUCGCAGGGUUUCAUCCCUCUGCAGACCGUGCCGGGAGUUCGAACCAUGUUCAUUUCUUCUGUCCAGAUGGCAGUCAGUCCUAAUUUUAUAAGUGCAUCAUG